GACUGGAUAAUUUGUGCAAUGCUAUUCUUGUCAGCACUAAAUGCUGCACUUUGUUUCAAUAUUGAUCCUGUGGCCUGGAAGACUCUGAGGAGCUCUGCUGCUGGUUUUGGCUACCAGGUGGUGCAAAGACAGUCAGAUGUGCUCAUCAGUGCCCCGCUUGAACAGUAUUCACAAAAUGGAAGAGGAAAAAUAUAUAGCUGCUCCACCACUACUCAAAACUGCCAAAAUAUACAAUUUGAAGCGCCAGGUUUUGCAGUCAACAUGUCCCUUGGUUUGACAAUGAAACGUGAUCCCACAUCACAAAACACUGUGGUGUGUGGUCCAACGAUUCCAAAGGACUGCAAAAGUAUCACCAUGUACAAUGGUGUGUGCUUUCAGAUGGACCGUUCUAACUCAUAUGGACCACCCAUACCUUCUUCUCUUCAAGAGUGCCCGCCGCAGGCAGAUAUCGCCUUUCUGUUGGAUGGUUCAGGUAGCAUAUAUGGUCCUGAUUUUGGAACAAUGAAGAACUUUGUGAAAGAUCUAAUCAAGUCAUUUAUCUCAAGUGAUGUACAGUUUUCUGUUACACAGUUCUCCGGGUCACCAGUGAUUCAUUUUUAUUUUAAGAAAUAUUCCUCAUCUGGAUCAGUAGACACUGACAUAAAUGGAAUCACUCAACUGAACGGAGCUACUUACACAGCUAAGGCCAUCAGACAUGUUGUGGAUAAUGUUUUUGCGUAUUCCAGACCAAAUGUGAAGAAGGUCUUGAUAGUAAUUACUGAUGGACAAUCUACUGACCCAUACAAUCUGGGAGGUGCAGUACAGCAAGCAGAGAGUAGAAAGAUUGUUAGAUUUGCUAUUGGGGUUGGGAAUGCAUUUAUUUACUACCGGGCAAAACAAGAACUGGACACCAUUGCGUCGUCUCCCUCAGUCAAAUAUGUGUUUCAAGUGGCGAACUUCAAUGCACUUCAAAUAAUAAAACAGAAUCUGCAGGACAAACUCUUCUCCAUUGAAGGAUCUCAAAGCAGUGGAGAGUCACUGAAAAUGGAAAUGUCUCAAGCGGGAUUCAGUGCAGCUUUUGUGCCUGAGGGAAUUCAGAUGUCAAUUGUUGGUGCAAACCAGUGGAAGGGAGGCUACAUGCAAUACACAACAGGCAGCCAAAAGGUGAAAACAUAUGAGGAUAUGUUCUUUGAGCCUGACAGUUAUCUUGGUUACUCCAUGGCAAUUGCUAAAACCCAAAGUGGCUCUCUGACAGUUGUUGGUGCUCCAAGAUACAAACACAGAGGAGUUGUGGUCGCUGUUAACAGAGAAAGUUUGAAAAACCAAAUGAUUGAACCCUUUUCAUCACAGUUUCAGACUGGUGAAUAUUUUGGGGCUGAGGUGUGUGCCAUGGACAUAAAUAAUGAUGACAUCACUGAUCUAAUCUUCAUAUCUGCCCCAAUGCACAUGGAGCCUGAUGGAGAGGGAAGAGUUUAUGUUUGCAGACUAACUGUUUUGUUUGUCGAGUGUAAUUUUAAUGACCCAGUAUUGCUAAGAGGAAGUGCAGCUGUCAAAGGAAGGUUCGGCUCUUCUCUUGCUGUGCUGCCUGAUCUAAACUCAGAUGGAUUCAGGGAUUUGGCAGUUGGAGCACCUUUGGAGAAUGAUGGUGAAGGCAGCAUCUACAUAUUCAACAGUGAAGGAGGAAGAAUCAGUCCUACUUACUCACAGAGAAUUACUGGCUCUGAGGUUCAGUCAGGACUGAAGUUCUUUGGCCUAUCAAUCAGUCAGUUGUCUUUUGACCAGAGUGGUGAUACCCUGCCUGACUUAGCGCUGGGGUCAAAGGGUGGGGUUGUCUUACUGAGAUCAAGACCCAUAGUAAUGGUGAAAGCUGAGGUGUCAUUCAGCCCAGACCAAAUUCCAACUCAGAAUGUAAGCUGCUCAAAACCACUGGAGAACACAGCUACAAUCUGCUUUACCAUGAGCAGAGUGUCUACAGUCAAUACAGCUCAAGCAAGGAUUAAUUAUACUUUAACACUGGAUGCCACUCGCAAAUCUCCAAAUAACCGAGCUUACAUCAGCGGGAAAGAACGAGAGCAGUCUGGAUCAGUUACUGUUGACUUAACUAGCAAACAGUGUCCAACUGUAAAAUUCCUUAUUGAGGCCUGUCCAGAAGAUGCUCUCCUUGCACUUUCCAAUGAGCUCAAAUUCACGUUUGACGGUUUACUCUCAAACACAACUCUCAGACCAAGUCUCGCCCCACAGGCUCAAACAACAAUCAUUUAUCCUUUAGGGUUUGAGAUCAACUGUGGCACUGACAACCAAUGUAUUGAUAACCUGAAAGUGGAUUUCAACUUCACCAGUGCAGUGUUUUUUUUCUUCUCCCUUUAUUCCCAUCCUCCUCCAUAUUCUGCCAGAUCCUCAGAGGUUAAAGUGGGCAUUGAUGAGCUUUUGGAUGUCACAGUCACAGUGGAGAACAGCGGGGAAAACUCCUACAACAGUCGUGUUAUUCUCACGUACCCAGCUGGUCUCUCCUACAGGAAGUUCACCAUUCAGCAGGGAAGAAUUGAGUGCAACUCUUUGGACAGUGAAGGUUGUUUAUCACGAGGAAGGACAGACUGCACUAUUGACAAGCCAAUUUUCAAAAGCAAAACUCAGGCUUUCUUCAUUGUCUCCUACGGUAUCGAAACCAAUAGUCAACUUGAGAGGAAGAUCUUUGUCACUGCAAAUGCCACGAGUGGAAAUCAGGAGAAUAUCACUAUAAGUGAAAUCUACAAAAGGAAAUCGAUUGAUGUGAAGUACAGCAUUUUUAUGACAUUUGACAACUCCCUCAGCUACAACAAUUUCACUUUUGGGAUGAAUAAUUUGCAGAAACCAUUCCAACAAUCUAUCCAGGUAACAAAUGAUAUCCGAGCGCUUAAUUUCACUGUGGUGAUCAGGGUUCCAGUGAAGCUUGGUGAAAAAGACAUUUGGGUGGAUUUGAGCAGUCUGCAGAUUGCAGACUGUCAGAGAGGAAAUGAUGAAGAACCAGGUGUCAGAGAUUUUGUUCCGAAGAUACAAGGGGAUAAAGUUGUGGACUGCUCUGUAGCCAGGUGCGGAGUGUUCAAGUGCAACACAUUCAUGGGAAUAUGGGAAAGCAGGACGUACGAAAUAUCUGCUAACCUCAGUUCAGGAUGGAUAGAGCAGAUUGGACUUCAAUCUGCCAAAUUCCGCUUGACCAGCACAGCCAGUCUGGAGUACGACAAAAACCAGUACAUCUACUUUUCUAUAGGGUCUAACAACAAUCCUCCAGUUCGCAAGAUUGAGGCAGAGGUAGAAGUGUAUCCUAAACCAGAUUUCACCAAAGCGAUUAUUGGAGGAUCCCUGGGAGGGUUGGCUUUACUGGCUUUACUCACUGCUGGCCUGUAUAAGGCUGGAUUUUUCAAGAGUAAAUACAGUGACAUGUUACAUCAAAAUGCAGAAGGCGGUCCAAGUCCAGAGACUGAUGCAGUUUCACCCCCAGCAGAAGUACAAGGAUCACAUUUGCAGUUGUGCAAUUAAUAUAUAUGAAACAUAUAGACCGUCCUGAUAUCUUUAGGAAUGAAUACACGUUGAAAUGUCCAUGCUACCACAUUUGAUUCAUUAAACAAAAAACAGCUUGCUGUGUCUGGACUCACUCCCUCAUUCACUCACUGACUGUUAUCUACAACAAAGGUUCCUACCUGGUGGUCAUGACCCUCAAAUCAAGAUCACAAAAUGAAUGAGAAAGAUCCAGGUACAUUUAUUUUUUAGUGUUUUAUGGUCUUCUUCAGGACCCUAAAACUAUUCCAAUUAAGCUGAGAGGGAAAAUACCACUGUCAAUCAACUGCUUAAACUUCACACAGACACCUGAAGGCAAGGCAUCACAAGCAGACACAAAGUUUGAAUACUCGAAUCAAAUGGACGAGGCUAAAUGUAGUGAUUUUUUACCCAGUCCUGCGAUGCUUUAAACUGUCUUUUCAAAUUUGCUUUAUGUUUUUUGAAGACUCUUUCUGCUCAUUUACAGUAAAAUGUUUAAA